GUUCAUUGAAGGCAGCCCAGACGCCAAAGGUGAGCAGAGUGGAUGUCAUUAAGAAGAGUGAUGUCAAGUGAGUGCCAGCUGGACGAUGUGACAACAACACAUUAUCUGGGAUUUCUAGUUAAUUGAUUCAGUUAAUACAUAGAAUUGAAUGUUUCGUCAUGGACAAACUCAGAGCGGUUCUGGGUGGUCGUGAUGGAAACAAUGACAACAGAAAUAUACUGCAGGCGGCGAAUGAAGCGUCCACGCUGGGAUGGGGUCCGCGCCUGAAAGGAUUCCUCGCCUGUAUGGUCAUCGGUGUUGUGUGCUCGAUCCUGGGAGUAUGUUGCCUAUUUAUUCCCAAAAUAGGAUUGAUUCUCUUCAUUGUGUUUUACACAUUUGGCAACAUAUGCUCCUUAGUAAGCACAAUGUUUUUGAUGGGACCAUUAAAACAGCUGAAACGCAUGUGUGACAAGAGCAGAGCCUUUGCUACUACUGUUAUGAUAACAUGUCUGGUCCUCACACUCUGUGCAGCUUUUUGGUGGAAGAUCUUUGCACUCACUUUGCUGUUUGUCAUUUUGCAAGUCCUUGCAUUUGCAUGGUAUAGCCUGUCUUACAUUCCUUUCGCAAGAGAUGCCAUCCUGAAGUUUUUCUCGAUGCUGUUCAACACAUGUGUGAAAUGACAAGGCUGAGGUUUGGCCUUUCACUACUCCAGAUACUUUCUGGUCAAGUAUUCUGUGAUUCCGGGAUCAUCAAAACAUCAUUGACAGACACUGCUAGUUUUAAUGGCAUUUUCUUAAAGGGUUAGUUCACCCAAAAAUGAAAAUUAUGUCAUUAAUGACUCAACCACAUGUCGUUCCAAAGCCAGUAAGACCUCAGUUCAACUUCAGAACACAGUUUAAGAUAUUCUAGAUUUAGUCCACGAGCUUUCUGUACAUCCAUUGAAAAUGUAUGUACGGAAUACUGUCCUUAUCCAAAAUAAAAUUAAGACAUCAUCAAAGUAGUCCAUGUGA